GCAGGACAAGGAGAAGAAGAAGAAGGAGAGCAUUUUGGACCUCUCCAAAUACAUCGACAAAACGAUCCGGGUGAAGUUCCAGGGCGGCAGAGAAGCAAGUGGUGUUUUGAAAGGAUUUGACCCUCUUCUGAACCUUGUGCUUGAUGGUACCAUUGAAUAUAUGCGAGAUCCAGAUGAUCAAUACAAAUUAACAGAAGACACACGUCAGCUGGGACUUGUGGUCUGCAGAGGGACUUCUGUAGUUCUUAUUUGUCCACAGGAUGGAAUGGAAGCUAUUCCAAACCCUUUCAUUCAGCAGCAAGAUGGCUGAUGCUUUCUUUGGAUUGUCUCUGAAGCCUUCAAGGGUGCAAAUCAUUGGAGAAAACCAUCAGUGUGUGAAACUCUUCCUGGUUUGGGAGAGGAGUUUGUAUGUGUGUGUGUUUUAGUGUGAAAGAACAGCCAACUUUUAUUUUUGUGGCUUUCCAUAAAUGAUGAGAGGAUUUGACAUGGUGUGUGAGAAAUAAGUUCUGAUUUUUAUUUUUCUCCCCAAACAAACAUGUAACUACAUUUGUUUAGAGCUGACAGGAGAGAAUAUACUGUCAUGGAAUUGUCUGAGACCCUUUUGAUCUCGUGAGAUUUGAAACAACCACAUAAAAUUAGUAAAGAAUGCCCCAAUGAACAUUGGUUAUAUUAUUUACAUUUUUAAAUACAUUAAAAAAUUAUUUAACCUAAAGCCUAAAUGCAUUAGAACAUGCUUCUUUUCCUCUUAAAUGUCAGUACUCAGCAGGAAGCAUUGUGUUGUAGUCUUCCUGCUGUUGAGUUCAGUCUCUUUUGCCUGCUUGCUGUCCCACAUGAGGAAAAUGACAUUCUUUGGAUAGUCCCUUGUCAUCACCUUUACAAGCUGUGUAGCUAAGCAGAUCUUUUCUAGCACUGGUUGGAGAUCUUAUAGGCUGUGAUUGGUGUAUCAGAAGGCUCCUGCAUUUCUACAGAAGGACUGGACUACCUCCUAGGAUGAUUCUUGGCUGAGUGACAUGAACCUUAUGGAAGUAUCUGUUCGAUACUUGGAAUCUUAGGGGAAGAAUAUUUAAAACCCUAAUGUUCACUUGUAGGCAAUGUCUGGAAAUACUUUAUAUUUUUUAUAUUGUAGCUGUCCACUUGUAGUUCUACUUGUUAUAACUUGAUUUGUAAGUAAGCAUUUUAAUUUCUUUUAUACUGCAGAAAUAGCAAGAUUUGAGGAUUUUUGAGUUAAUAAAUACAAAUUAAUGUGUUUCUAGAUGUCUGGUUUUUAGUCUAAAAAGGUGCUCUACAGCAGUUCUCCACAGUUGUAUAUCUAAAUGAAAUUUGUUCAGGAGGUUUUAAAUGCAGCAAAAGCAGGAGGGAUGAGAUCAGAAGCCGUCCAAGGCUCCAACACGGAAAAUUGAUGAGAAGUGACAGACAGCAUGUUGUCCUUUUUCUGAGGACCUGUGCAUUUCUGUUAGGCAUCUGAAAGACUGUUGAGUAGAGGAUGUGCCUGUAAGCUGUAUGUAACCUGCUUUUGCCACCUGCUUUUACUGAGGAUUAUUUAUGAGGCAGAGUUUUGGUGGCAGCAGUGGUCUUGUUCCUAAUGCACAUCAAGAAAUGUGCCAAGGACUGUUUUAUUGGCUGUUCAUUUUGGCAAGAGCACCAUACUCCCAUUCAAUUCCUGAGUAAGCUCUGAAAUGGAUGAGAACUUGAAGUAAAUAAAUUCCGCAUCAGUGUAUCUGACUUUUCCAGGAGGCUGUAAAACUAGGGACCAGUUGUCUUGUGUGGUAUGUUUCCUGUGUAAACUUGAGUGCUUCUGGAUUUUAAUUUAGGGGUUCAUUUGAAUGCUUCAUAGAGCUGUCUGUAGAGCCAUGCUCCUUCCAACAUAAGUUUUUUUUCUAAUGCUACAAAACUUGUUCUUCAUGCAAUUGCACAAUUCAAAAGUGACUCCUUAUUUAGAAUGUUUGGAGCAGAACUUGCGUGCCCUCAGCCCGAGUAGUCUUGAACUCUCCCCUGUAGGGGAGAGAGAUUGCUGGUUUUUGAUGGCAAUUACAUGCUGACCCAUCUCUGCACUGUCUUGUUUUCUGAGUGUAGCGUCAGAAACAGACCUGUUGAACCUUUUUUGAGUGGAUUCCAGGCUCUAAAUGCAGAGGGUACAGAGAGAUCUGCCUGAAGUCAUGUAUCAAGUGUGUAAACUCUGGAGAGGGGCAUGUUUCCAGCAUUUCCUGCUCAGUUAAGAGGUUGCUUAGUUUUCACUGCUGUCCUUUUCUGCAGUGCAGGCUUCUGGGUUAUAUUUGGGAGGCAAGUACGUGAAAAUAAGAAUAUGAAAACGAUAGCUGAAUUUUAUAUGUGUAUAUGCUUUUCUAUUGGAUUAAUUCCUAAAUGUGAUACUCUUUAAAACCAUUUGUAACAGCAGUUUUGCAGAAGUCUCUUCCAGAAAUGCAGGAGGGAACCUCCAGGGAGAAAAAAAAGUGCUCUUGAUCCAGAUAACACUAUUUUGCUUACGGAGCUUCCCUGAGAAAUGGAACUGAGGAUUGCUGGGAUGGGCUUUUUUGGGUAAGGGGCACUGGUUCAAGGUCACUGCAAAUCUCUCCACUUACGAGCUUGAUUUAAACACUUUGGAAAAACUUGGUGUGGAAUCAGCUGUUGCUUGUACUAUGACUGUACUUAUUUAGUGCAUUGAGUUUGAGGAUGGCUGAAUAAGUGACAGCCAUUUGGGUUUGAUUGGGGGGGCUCAUUCCUUCCUCCCAUAUCUUACUAUAAAGUUAAAUAUAUGCUAAGUACUGCAAGCAAUCUGGAAUUUGAUACUAAACAUGAACUUUUGGAGGAUGUGGCUUUGGGGAAAUUGGUGGUUUUUUCCCCAGGAAGCUUUCCUGUGUUUUUGAUUUGCAGAAGUGAGAAGUAUUGUAAUGUAUACUUUUUUCCAAAUGGAUUAAAUGUUUUACAAUUUCUUGAUGCUUAGUGCUUAGGAAGGUUUUGGUUGGUUCUCCUCUUUUCUUCCUCGUAAUCCAGGUUCUUUGCUUGGUUUACAGCUCCCCUAAUUUGCUGUGGUCUCACCCGGCUAAGGCCAAUUAAAUCUGCAUGGUUUUUUUCUUGUUAUGCAGUUCUCCUGCUAUUGCUGCUCUGAAAGCAGCAGGAAAGACUGAAGGGCAAGGCAGGAAGGUAGAAAACAUUCUAUUUUUAGGACAAGAUGGGUUUAUCUUGUAUUUAUCUUAGCUAGGAGGAUCGAGUUUCCAGAGACCUCACAUGUGUAAAGGCUGCAUAAGGGCUGAGUUAAUUUUAACUGCCUGGCAGUUGACAAGCAUGGAGCCUGCACAAGAACUGGAGGAGCUGGGACCUCAGACAGAAGUGAUUGCAGACACAAUUCUUGAGGUCGGAGAUAGACUCUUUCAGGUCAGCCGUAGGGUACUUUCAGCACAUAGUCGUUAUUUUGAAGCCAUGUUUUUUGGGGGGGCAAGAGAGAGCUCUGAACAGCACAUAGUGAUCAGAGGGAUUGAUGCAGUGCCUUUUCAGGCGCUACUUGAGUUCACUUGCACAGCACAAGUGCUUAUAGGUCAAGAAAAUGUGACCAGCUUACUGGAAACAGCUGAUUUUUUUCAGUUUGAUAGGGUGAAACUGUUGUGUGAGAAGUUUCUGGAGAGAGAACUGCAUGUUUCCAACUGCCUGGGCCUGAUGAACUACUCACAGCAAUUUGCCCUUAUAGAUUUGUAUGCGUCUGCAAUGAAUGUGGCACUCACUCACUGGGGAGAUGUGAUGUGCCAGGAAGAAUUUAAGGCACUACCCAAAGAAGUGCUGAUGCAGCUUCUAAAAAGCGAUGACCUCUUCGUUUUGCGAGAAGAUGUGGUUUUUGACAGUAUUAUGAGGUGGAUAAUGGAGGACCCAGCAACAAGAGAGGAAGACUUUCUGGAUUUGAUGGAGGAAGUCAGGGUCACUUUUCUGAGUUUAUCCUUCCUUGAUGUCUUGGUGAAACGCAGCAAGCACCCUGGAGAGACGAACAUCUUUUCCAGGCUAAUAAAGAAGUUAGACAGCUGUCCUCCACCCAGCUGGCAAAAUAUGAAACUGUGUCCUUACACUGGUCGGAGCUAUGACACCUUAUAUGUUCUGGGAGGAAAGCAUGACAAGGAACAGCAAGAAUUAUUUCUCUUUCAGCCUAAAACAGGGACCUGGCAGGCUUGUUCUCCACUGCAGCGCAGGAACCUCACCCAAUAUGCAGUGGCAUCAGUAGGGAGCUUCCUUUUUGUGACAGGAGGAUAUUUCCGGGAUGAGUUUGUGUGGUAUAGCGUGGAUUGGGUGCUUAUCUAUAAUUGCUUGGACAAUAGCUGGCUGGAAGGGCCUGCCAUGAAGAAGUCCCGCAAUAGCCAUUGUGCGGUAGGUGCAGGGCUCUACCUGUAUGUACUUGGAGGGAGCACAGAUGAAGGGAUAAUCCCAGCAGUGGAGCGCAUGGCUUUGAUGGAGUCAGAGUGGGAAAGCGUGAGUCCUAUGGCUCAGCCUGUGGAGAGAGGAGAUGCAGUCAGUGUGGGGACCAGGAUCUAUGUGGUCUGUGGCCUGGAUGAAAAUGGGCAUGUAUAUGAUGGAGUGCAAAGACUGAACACAGAGACGGACAGUUGGGAUGUCAUCUCAUUUUCCCCACUUCCAAGGUAUGACCUCUGCAUCACAUCUCUGAAUGGUGCUCUGUACACCAUAGGAGGGGGAGCUUUUCGAUUUGAUGUGGAGACCAAUGAAUGGACCCAAGUGGAUGAGGAAUGCUUGACUCGGAAGUUCUUCAUGGGAUGCAGCACUGUGAAUGGACGAAUUUAUCUCCUUGGACAGAGGAAGGGGAACAGUGCUCUCCCUGUUGUAAUCCUUUUUGAUCCCUACAUUGAUACAUGCCAGAUCAUAGAUAACAAACUCCCUUGCCCCCUUCCUAUUCAUGGGUGUGUUACUGUGCGAAGAUUUGAUACAUGGGCAUGAGAGAUGUCAGAUCCAGCAUAACCAGAAAAAAAAAAGUUAGAUUGUAUCAUUUGAUAUGUGAAUUUAUUUAGCUUUGAAAAUAGAUCUGUUCCUUCUUAAUUAUGUAUUUUUUUUUCUAUCAGGUAUAUGAACUUGAAGCAAAAGUUAUUGAAACCUUGUUGUUAACACAAAAGUUGCAGGUCAUUAUUGAAAAUUAUGGUCAGCAUUAUUAUUGUACAUCAACUCCUUAGGAUUGAUGCUAAAUAAAGGGCUCCUCUGACCUUUAA